GUCUGAAAGUUCAAAUUGACACGUGCGGUCUCCGUUAGGCACGAAGUCCAACUGACUUUGCUGUAGUGUGCACUAGAAAAAAAUAUAUAACUGUAAAUGCAUUUAAUUAGUGGAAUAGAUGUCACAGGCACUAGAUUAAUACUAGAUACUAGAUUAGGCACUAGGUUUUUUGGUCUUUUUUCCCGGUAGGCUUUAUAGUAAAAAAAUAUUUUAAAAAAGUUUUCCAGUUUUUACGCUUGAGUGAUAGAUAACAGCUGCGAUUGCGCAUGUUAACCAGAUAAAAAAUUGUGUCUGCCCACUGAUGUAUUCAUUCCAGAUAUUUGUUUCACACCUGAACCAUCUGUCAAAUACUAAAGCCAGUGCGACAAGGGGGCACCUGUUUUCUGAAGAUGAGCUCCGGGUUCGGGCAGGUACUGACAGCGGUAGGGGAGUUCGGGACCUUCCAGAAGCGAAUGUUGGCGGCGAUAUGCUUACCAAACAUCUUCAACGGGUUCCACAUGUUCUGUCAAGUGUUUACGGGCAUGAACUUCCCUCACCACUGCAACACGGACUGGAUAAAGACACAGGGACCCAACUUGACCGAAGAUAGACAGAAGAACCUCACCCUACCACCUCUGAAGGAUGGCUUGGGGUUCGAGUCCUGUGUGAUGUACACUCCGGUAGAUCUGGACUUGGAAACAAUAGAAGCGUACGGGAUUAAUAGUACAAUUUCCUGCAGUGACGGAUGGGAGUUUGCGGCCCACAAGACCGCGAGCUUGGUGACAGAGUUUGGCCUGGUAUGUGGUAACAGCGGUUUGAACGAGGCCUCCCAGUCCAUCUACAUGGCGGGGCUUCUGAUUGGUGCCCUGGUGUUUGGGCCAAUGGCCGACAGGUAUGGACGGCGUUUUGCAGUGCUCCUUUCUCUGCUUCUCCAGCUGCUGUUUGGAGUGGGAGUGGCCUUCUCUCCCAACAUGUAUGUUUACAUCGCCUUCAGAUUCGUAGUGGGAGCCUCCAUCUCAGGUGUCGUUAUCAACACUUACGUCUUAGGUGCUGAAUGGACGGGCAACAACAAGCGGGCCCUGUUCACCAUCGUGUCCCACUGCUUCUAUGCCAUUGGACUUAUGCUGCUAUCUGGUAUUGCCUACGGAGUCAGAGACUGGAGGACCCUACAACUGGUCCUCUCCAGUCCCGUCCUGCUCCUCGGCGUCUUGUACUGGAUUCUUCCAGAGUCGGCUCGCUGGCUGAUGACCCAAGGCCGGAAGGACGAGGCUCGCCAGGAGAUCCGCAGAGCAGCCAAGGUCAAUGGAACGCUGGUCCCUGAGGCCCUGCUGGAUAAGUUGGAUGAGGAGGGGUCGGCCAAGUCUGGCAGCAUGUUGGACCUCUUCAGGAUCCCCUACCUGAGAAAACGAGCUCUAACUCUUAGCUACAUCUGGUUUGUAACCAGCCUGGUGUAUUAUGGGGUGAGUCUGAACGUGGGCAACUUUGGCCUGGACAUCUAUCUGACACAGCUGAUCUUUGGCAUUGCUGAGCUGCCUGCCCGGCUGGGCUCUCUGCCCCUGAUUGAGCACUUUGGCCGAAGGAUCUGUCAGGCCAUGGUCCUGUUCAUUGGAGGCUCUGCUUGUCUCCUCAUUCUAGCGGUUCCAGAGGACCUGCCGAUUGUGACAACGGUCAUUGCGGUUGUGGGGAAGUUUUCCCUGGCUGCCUCCUUCACUAUUGUCUAUGUGUACACAGCUGAGCUCUAUCCCACUGUGGUGAGGCAGAACGGAGUGGGCCUGAACUCAAUGUGUGCGCGUGUGGCGGGCAUCCUGGCACCUCUGAUCCGGCUGCUGGAGGUGUAUCACUACGCCAUCCCCAUGGUGAUCUAUGGUGUCCUACCAUUCCUGGGGGGGGGCGCCUGCUUCCUGCUGCCUGAAACACUCAAUACUGAACUACAGGACCACACACAUGUACUGGAGCACCACGCAGAAACUUCUGAGAAGUUGAAUCUUCAAAACGGAAUCACACAUUUCAAGGAGGAAAAAACUGAAGAAACAAUUUCCACAAAAAUGUAAUUUAUGUGUGCUUUUUUACUUUUAACUUUGAUCGCACAGUGUCUGGUUAUUGUGAUUAUGUGCCAAUAUCUAAAUACACUAAAUUACCAAAAUAUCAUUUACAUC